AGGAGGUCCAGUGUAAUUUAACAGGGUGGCCCCUUUAAACACCGCUAAAAAGGGCAGACUGCAAAAACACUCCAUCUUCCAGACCGCCAGCUUCUUAAAAAUAAAUAAAAAAUGGCUCAGCUGCAAGCCCGUUCGCUGCCUGACACCAACUGCCAUCGUCUGCAAAUCAGAUAGUGCGAAGGGCUUUUGGGUGACUGCAGGUUCGCACAGCGGUACGCAGCUGUCUGAAACCAAAGCUAACCGGCUAGCUUUGCCAUAUGAUAUUGACGCACAUUGCACAGGGACAGACCUCCAGAGAACGCGACCGGACCAGCAGUGCAACUCCCGCGGCGUUGAAAUGGACAAAGACGAGGCGGACCGGCUGAUAGAGAAGGCGAAGCUGUGUUUACGGUCGGGGCGGACGGAUCGGGCGCUGCAGCUGCUGUACGAAGCCCAGAAUAUUUACCCCAGCACCCGGGCCAGAGUGCUGAUAGAUGCCAUCGUGAGGAAUGGAGGCACCGCUGCUCCGCAAGCAAACCACGUACCGCCGCCGGCAGGCUGGGGAGACGAGGACAUCAGGAACAAUGAAACGAGUAACGUAGGGGCCGAAGACAAGAAGAGCUUCACCGAGGAGCAACGACAGGGUGUUCUCAGGAUAAAGAAUUGCAAGGACUUUUAUGAAAUCCUCGGUGUUUCCAAAAAUGCCUGCGAUGAAGAUUUGAAGAAGGCGUACAGGAAGUUGGCCCUCAAGUUUCACCCGGACAAGAACUUUGCUCCUGGAGCCACGGAUGCUUUUAAAGCAAUAGGCAAUGCCUAUGCAGUGCUGAGCAAUCCAGAGAAGAGGCAGCAGUAUGAUCAAUACGGAGAUCAAUCCGCAGCAUCAAAUGCACCCCAACCCUCCAGCCACAGUCGCCAUGGAUACUACCGAAGCUUCAACAGAGACUUUGAGGCCGACAUUUCCCCCGAGGAACUCUUCAAUAUUUUCUUUGGAGGAAGAUUUCCAACAGGAAACAUCCACGUGUACACCAACCAGGGAGCCUCCUACUCUCAGUUCUAUCAGCCUCGUCGUCGACGUGCUUUUGAGAGGCGCGAGGAGGUGGUGGAGGACAACAACCAGAGUCAGAACACCUUCACAGCGCUGCUGCAGCUUCUCCCUGUGCUGGUGCUUAUCCUCAUAUCAGUGUUUACUCAGAUGAUGGCCACUAACCCGCCCUACAGUCUCUUCUAUAAGCCGGCCAUAGGGCUGGUGGUGUCCAGGGAAACGCAGCACAUGGGUGUACCGUACUAUGUGGAUAAAAGUUUUGAGAAGGAAUACCGGGGAGCUGCGCUGGAUGAACUGGAGAAAACUAUUGAGAGCGACUAUAUUGAACAUCUGCAGAACAGCUGCUGGAAAGAGAAACAGCAAAAAUCUGACUUGGCCAACCUCGGACAACUGUACCGCGAUGAGCGGUUAAAGCAGAAGGCGGAGUCAAUGAGGCUGGACAACUGUGACAAACUGCAUCGAUUGGUUGGCCGCCAGAGAGGCAAAUGAGGCCUGUUUGAGAGGAGAACACGUUUCUUUACAGACUUUACAAUAAUGCAUUUUAUUGAAGUGUGUAAUUUAUCCAAUCUGGCCACUUUGUAAAGAAAUCUCUUUUAGGUACAGCGCAGUCAGUGGGAGAUUAUGCCACUGGAAACAAUGUGCCUUCUCUCCUCUUUGAUGGUAGAACAUAGAGUUGCAUGUCAGCUGCCAACCCUGGCUGUGGUGGUAGCAGCAUCAAGUGCAAGCUCACUGUGGCAGUGUGUAUGAUGUCUCGGAGCCUUUAAACUUUCUUAUAGAAAUGGCAUGACAUAAGGGGUCUCCCUUUGGGGUUAUGAAGGCAGUAGUAUGUUCACUCAUACAUGUUUUAUUCGUUUAGGUUUUGUAGCUUACCUGUAUUUAUUUUUCUUUCAUGUUUUUGUGUCCUUGCUGAAAUUGUAGGUGUUAUUUAAUAGUUAAUGGAGUGAUUGUUGCCUCGGCAUCCUGGCUCAUCUUUUUUUUCUGUAGGAAGUAAUAAAAUACAGUGAUAUAGCGCUGUAGUCAUUAGACAAAUCUGAAAGCUUCUGUACUGUGAAACAGAGGACCUUUUUAAUUUAUUAUUACAACAUUGACGAAUCAGAUUUACUGUGGUUUAAUCAGGCGAUUUGUCCUCUGGGACUAUAGCAAUAGGAGGCGCAUGACAGUAAAGAUUUAACAAAUCAUGACAAAAUGUUUCUGAUUGUGUGAUCGCUAACGGUUGUACUGCUGUUGAGCUUCCUGCUGCCGGCACCAAGGCUCACAUAGAGUGGUUUAUUACGUCGGCCAUUAAGCUUCCAUUCAGGAAGUUGUUCGGUACUUUAGCUGCAGGCAUAUGUUUGAGGUUUUAAGGGUGAGGAAUGACUGCUGUGUGUUGCAAACAAGUUUUUGAAGUCAUUUUGAUUUGUCACAAGCAAAGAGCCCGUUCACAGUGUUCUGGUGUACCCGGUGGAUAUGAGGAGCUCGAGUGUGAGUGAUAUCUGUGAGGUCGCUGGGGCUAAAAUAGCAUGCGGGAGCUUCUUUUCCCAAACCAUGCGGUUCCUUCCAUUAUUUUUGUUUCGUAUUAGAAUACCAUUUGGCCCAUGUCUUAAGAAUGUUUUAUACAUUCUGUACCUUUUUUAAUUUAUACCGAUGUUUUGUAUAGAAGAACAAUUUCUCAUCCCAUCUCCCAACAGAAUUAUCAGUUUAAAUCGUUGCCAGAUCUUGCAAUGAGUGGGACGUAACCCUGUGGAGGUGUUGACUUUAAUUCUUUAGGAUUCAAACCCCGUCCAGACACUGAUACUUGUUUCUGUGCACUAAGACUGCCAAACUGCCUUAGCUGUUCUCACACAAUAUUCAGGUUCAUCUCCAGCACUUUUAAGUUAAUGUUCAAUCCUGUGUUCCCUAUUGGUACUGUUGCAUGCAUCCUAGUGAGAGAGUGUUUAAUUAGUUAUGUAUUUAUUUUUCAGCAACCACAUCUUCAUGACUACUGACACAGUAAAUAUUAAUUGAUUAGAAUAUUCAGGUCCUCACUGUAACUCCAAACAUGUAAAACCUUGACUGUUAUACGCAAAACCCCGGUUUUGGUAUCCGUCGGGGUCGUAGUACAUCUGAGUAACACUGCAGAAUUCAGUUUUCAGCUAAAUAUACCUGAAAAUUAAAGAUGUAAUCAG